UUGAUGGAAAACUACACUUACAACAGCUUCACAUUACAGCUGGAGGGCUUAAAUGUCUCAAAGGAAUCUACGUACCCGGUGUUUCUUUUCCUCUUUUUCUCCUACUUGUUUGUAAUUUUUGCAAAUGUAAGCAUUGCUGUUCUGGUUUUCGUGGACAAAAACCUUCACCAGCCCAUGUAUCUCCUUUUUUGGAACCUUUCAGUCAAUGACAUCCUUGGAAAUUCUAUCUUGAUGCCCCGUUUGCUUAUGGACAUGUUGAAGCCUCCCUCUGAGCUCUUUAUUAGUUAUUAUGAAUGUGUGGUCCAAGCUUUCACCACACACAUGUUUGGUACCACCACUCACACUGUGCUCAUGAUUAUGGCUUUUGACAGAUAUGUGGCCAUCUGUUAUCCUUUGCGUUACACAACCAUAAUGACCAACAAAAUGCUGAUGAAGCUGACAGUGUCUGCCUGGGGAGUGGCCCUUGUUUUGGUUGGAAUUCUGCUUGGUCUUACCCUCCGGCUGAACAGAUGUAGGACUCUGAUAAGAAGCCCUUACUGUGACAAUGCUGCACUGUUUAAACUCUCCUGUGAGAGUGUGUUUAUUAAUAAUGUCUAUGGCCUCACUUUCACUGUAGUCCUGUUCACAGGUUCCAUAGGCAGCAUGGUUAUCACUUAUACUAAGAUUACAGUAGUCUGUCUCACCAGUAAAAGCAAGUCUUUGAACAGUAAAGCCUUAAAGACCUGCAGCACUCACCUGGUCGUGUAUCUCAUUAUGUUGUUGAGUGGAAUGUCUAUCAUUAUUCUGCAUCGCUUCCCUCAGUACUCAGACUACAGAAAACUCGCUGCUAUUUUGUAUCAUAUCAUCCCUGGCAGCCUCAACCCUAUUGUUUAUGGCUUGCAGUCCAAAGAAAUGUGUAAAUUCUUGUGUAAGUUGUUUGAGUCAAAGAAGGUUUUGCCAUCAUAA